UCGCCGAAUCCGUUUCCGGUUCCGACGUGACGUCCUCCAUGGUGUCAUUGGAGCUUCGCUGAGGUUGUUGAACAAUAUCAGAUUAAAAAACGAUCAUGUCUGGCUACACUCCAGACGAGAAGCUUCGUGUGGAGCAGCUCACCAAGCUCCGAAGGCAGUGGUUGAAAGACCAGGAACUCAGUCCGAGGGAGCCCGUCGUACAGACGAAACCACCCGGUGCCAUCGCCAAGUUCUGGGCAGGCUUUCUCGAGCCCAAAAGCUUGUGGAGGCUUUACACAUACAAAGCCUACAAAGGGAGCGUUUUUACACUAACACGCGUGUUGAUUCCUGCUUGGGUUGUCCACUACUACGUGAAAUACCAUGUUGCUAAAAGACCAUACGGAAUUGUGGAAUUGAAACCUCGGCUUUUCCCGGGCGACACUAUUCUGGAGACAGGCCAAAUUAUUCCAGAACUCCCCGAAAGCCACGGUCAUCAUUGACCAAUUGAAUUUCAAAAGUGUCUGUUUGUAAAAACUGUGUAUAUGCCAAUUAAAAUAUUAUAAGUCA